AUGGAAUCUUCGGAACCGAAACAGCAGUGGGUUUCAGCAGAACCGAAUGUCAUGACGCUGGCCUCCAUUUCGCUCAGCCUCAACUCCAACCUUUUCUCUCAGCACACUGCAUUAACGGCUGGUUACCUGAACACGAGCAAGGACAGUACGAGUCGGGUUGACGACAACAGGAAUCUUCCGUCAGCAAUCAAGCGUUCAGCCUCGAGAACGUCAGACGAGCUCCCGUAUCUUGACGAUGUUCGUGACGACAGUCGUCAGCCUCAGCCACUGGUCGUGGCAAAGGGAGGGCUUACGGACGGUCACCUGUUGGGAGCGUCUGAUAAGAAUGCUGGGAGCUUGGUGACGAUGUCAUCAGGAGGCAAUGCUGGCGGCCUCGGGCGAAUGCUGAACGAUCUUUUCCGCAGCAACCGGGGAAUCACCCCCUUAGGUUAUCGCCGCGGCCGCGGAUCAAUCAAAGACUGGCGGCAUGGGCGGUACGAAUCCGCCAAGUUCGACGUGGAGCACGCGGCGACGGCAAUAACAGAACCGGAGAAGAAAGUGGCAGACGCCGAGCGCAAGAAGCGCGUUCUCAUUCUCAUGAGCGACACCGGUGGAGGUCACCGCGCCAGUGCUGAGGCGAUCAAGUCGACCUUCGAGCUGGAAUACGGAGACAAGUACGAGGUGACCAUCAUCGACCUGUGGAAGGAGCACACGCCGUGGCCCUUCAACCAGAUGCCCAAGAGCUACAGCUUCCUCGUGCGCCACGAGACGCUGUGGAAGGUGGCGUUCUACGCCACUAAGCCCAAGUUCGUGCACCAGCCGCAGAUGGCUGCGACCUCCGCGUUCGUUGCAAGGGAGGUAUCCAAGGGGUUGGACAAAUACAAGCCGGACGUGAUAGUGAGCGUGCAUCCGCUCAUGCAGCACAUCCCUCUGCGCGUGCUUCGCUCUCGAGGCCUGCUGCACCGCAUCCCCUUCACCACUGUCGUCACCGACCUCACCACAUGCCACCCCACCUGGUUCCACCGCCUGGUGACGGUGUGCUUCUGCCCCACCAAGGACGUGGCUCAACGAGCUCUCAAGGCGGGCCUGCAGCCGCCUCAGAUCAGAGUGCACGGGCUGCCCAUCCGACCAGCCUUUGCCAAGCCCUCAGCUCCCAAGGAUGAGCUGCGCCGGGCGUUGGGCAUGGACCUUGACCUCCCAGCGGUGCUGCUGAUCGGCGGAGGGGAGGGCAUGGGCCCUGUGGAGGCGACAGCAAAGGCGUUGGCAGCCACGCUCGCACCUGCUGGUGGUGGUGAACCUGUGGCCAAGGGGCAGCUGGUGGUGAUCUGCGGCCGCAACAAGAAGCUGCUCGCCAAGCUGCAGGCUGUCAAGUGGCCCUUGCCUGUUCUGCUGAAAGGCUUUGUGACCAACAUGCCUGAUGUCAUGGCCGCAUGUGAUUGCAUCAUCACUAAGGCUGGUCCUGGCACAAUAGCUGAAUCCAUGAUCCGGGGUCUGCCCAUGGUGCUCAAUGACUUUAUUGCAGGACAGGAAGCUGGAAAUGUUCCAUAUGUUGUCGACAAUGGCACCGGACUGUUUGAGGAGAACCCCAAGGAGAUUGCAAACAUUGUGGCGGACUGGUUUGGGCCCAAGGCAGACCAGUUCAAACAGAUGGCUGCCAACGCACUCCGCAUUGCUCGACCGGAUGCGGUCUUUCGCAUUGUGCGAGAUCUGGACCAGCUUGCUUGUCGACCCCACACCCUUGACAAUGUCACAUUUGCUUUCACUUGA